AUGAAAACUGGAAUGCGAGGCAAUGUCUCGACCUACAGACUGAAUCCUACCCUCAUCGAGGAAAUGGUUACCGGCAACCUAAUGCCUCGUCCUAUCGGCAUUUUGGCUGCGACAAUUUCUGUCACGUUCGUCGGGGCAAAGAAUGUACCUUUGUUUGUCCUUCCGAAGAUGUUCGAGGUACAGCGAAGAAGGGUUCACGACGCAUUAGUGUGGCUUCAAGCCAACAACCCGUUAUAUGCCAACAUCGAAAUUUCCUCGGAACGCCUUGCAGAACUCCCCGAACACGGCGUACCAGAGGAGCUAACAACAACAGCUCGAUAUACAGAAGAUGCUUCGGUCAUAGCUCGUGAACAUGGUGGUUAUGUGCCAUCCGAUGCGGAUGAUGGCGCAGAUACUCAAGUCAAUGAAGCAGAAGAGCGCGACUUGCCAGCGACACGGUAG